AUGGAGGAAGCCCCGGAGCUGAUCAGCCCGAGGAUCUCCUUCUCCCACGACCUAGCCAACUUCGCAGCACCGCCGCGGCGGUCCGACGACGCGUCGCUGCUCGUGUCGUCGUCGCGGCUCCCCGAGCCGGAGUUCGACUUCGCAAACGCCAAUGCGGCCGCCGAUGACGUCGCCCCGGCCGACCGCCUCUUCGCCGGGGGAAAGCUGCUGCCAAUGCCGCCGUUGCCGCCCGCUCCCAGACCCAGCCCGUGCAAGCUAAAGCAAGAGCCCGGCGGCGGCGGCAUCCGUGUCAAGGCGCAGGCGUGCCCGCAGAAGCGGCCGGGCUCGUGGGCGUCCCCGUUCUCACGCAGCAGCAGCGUGAACUCGGCCACGACGGUGGCAGGGACGACGGGCGCGCCGCGGUCCGCGGGGAGGUUCGGGUGCCCGCCGUUCCCGCUGAUGCGCAGCCGGUCAGCCUCGGCCGCCGUGGCGCGGGACGGUGGCUUGGGCCCCGCCGCCGUACCGGACGCCGCCACCGGCCAUCCGCCUCGGUACUACAAGAAGUUCGGGGGCACGGUUGCAGCUUACUACUAUGGUGGUAGCAGGAAAGGUAGCAGCCAUGGCGUCAGGGUUAGCCCGGUGCUUAACGUGCCGUUCAUCGGCACGAGUGUGGCCAACGUGCUGAGCUACUUGCUCUGCGACUGUAGCACCAAGACCAAAAGGAGUAGGGAGUUCUAGAGCUAACCGGGCACCACCAAAUAGUUGUGUAUAUUUAGGCCUGUAUUUGGAAUGGAAACAUUCUCCGGUCC